AUGGCUCCAAUCGGAACAUCAGCAAAACGCGCUCUGACCCCCGGCUUCUACGUCCCAACGGUCGCUUUCUUCGCCGGCCCCGAUGAAGAUGUCGAUGUCUCCACCGUCGAGAAACAUGCCGCUUACCUCGCCCAGUCUGGAAUCACCGGUCUAGUCGUACAAGGCAGCAACGGUGAAGCAGUCCACCUAGACAGAGACGAACGGAAGACAAUCACAGCAGCUACCCGCCGGGCAUUGGACGCCCAUGGCGCCGAGUCGAUGCCGGUCAUCGUCGGAUGUGGUGGCUCGUCCACCCGUGAAACCAUUCAAUUGUGCAAGGAUGCCGGCGAAUCUGGUGGUGACUAUGCUUUGGUCUUACCGCCAUGCUACUACAAGUCCCUGGUCAGCACCGAAGCCCUCCGCGACCACUUCCGCGCCGUGGCGUCCGCAUCCCCCGUCCCGGUUUUGAUCUACAACUUCCCCGGUGCAUCGUCCGGUCUGGACCUCACCUCCGACGACAUCCUAGCACUCUCGGAGCACCCGAACAUUGUGGGUGUUAAGCUGACCUGCGGUAACACCGGAAAAUUGGCCCGCAUUGCCGCCCAGGCCAAACCAGAAUUCCUGACGUUCGGUGGGUCGGCAGAUUUCACACUCCAGACCCUCGUCGCCGGUGGUGCAGGUAUCAUCGGUGGCCUUGGCAAUCUCAUCCCUCGGUCGUGCGUCUAUGUCAUGAAGCUCUACAAUGAGGGCAACGUGAAGGAAGCCCAGGCGGCCCAGGCGGUCGUGGCCCGAGCAGAUUGGCACGCAAUCAAAGGGGGAUUUGUGGCAGUCAAGAGCGCACUCCAGAGCUAUCGGGGAUAUGGCGCACAGCCGCGCCGGCCGUGCGUAGAGCCGUCGGCCGAGGAGGCGGCGGCUUUGAAGGAAGCAUUUAGCGAAGCCGUGGAGCUGGAGAGACGGCUAGAGAAGGCCUAA